AUGGCGAUCUACUCAGAUAAUGGUAUAAAUUUUGUCGGCGCCAAAAACAAAUUGAACGAACUUUACAGCUUUCUUAAUUCUGAUGAGCAUAAUAAAAAGGUAGAAAGUUAUUUAAUUGUUCAAGGAAUCGAAUGGCACUUUUCUCCACCGCGAACCCCCCAUUUCGGUGGGAUCUGGGAGGCAGCUGUAAAACCGCUCAAGCAUCAUAUGUUAAGAACGAUAGGCGAUACAUUGUUUACAUACGAAGAGCUCAAUACGUACAUGUGCGAAAUCGAAGCAGUGCUUAACUCGCGACCGCUCACACCCAUGUCAUCAGAUCCCAGCGAUUUAUGUGCGUUGACUCCAGGUCAUUUUUUAAUAGGUCAGCCUAUAACUAGCAUACCUGCUCUAGAUUUUUCGCAGACUCCUACUAAUCGAAUAUCUUCCUGGCAACACAUACAAAAACUAAAAGGAGACUUUUAG